AUGUCACAACAUGGAUGCCCUGAGAGACUGUCGAAUAGAUCAAAGGGCUUUCAGGAAGAUGGCUCGAGCCAGCCCACGAUGGAAGUUUUGGUCGAAACCCUCACAGGCACGGCCUUCGAAAUGACCGUUUCGCCGUCUGACACUAUAUUUGCGAUCAAAUCUAAGAUAUACAGGGUAGAAGGUAUCCCAGUAUCGCAACAACACUUGCUGUACAAUCUUCGUGAGCUAGAUGACGGCCUGUCUCUCAGUGAACAUGCCAUUGGUGACGGCGCGCGUCUACGUCUAGUGUUAGGGCUCCGCGGCGGGCCCGUCGCUACUAGACGACUCCCGCCACCGGAGCCCUGGAGGGACAUAGAACGGUUCCUACAUCUGCACAAGUCAGACGAGGAUGACAGUGAAUGGAGUGGUUCAGGAUCAGGUUGUAAGGCGACGGUGUUGGUGUUCAGGGAAGGAGAGAGGGUGAACCUGGUGCCUGUGAGAGAGAACAGGGACGGCACAUACUCACCGCUCGACCACAAUAAGUAUUCAUCAUCUCUAAGUCAUCUUGUUGAAACGGAGGCGGGUGAGGGCGGUGGUGCGGGCGCGGGGGCUGCUGUGGCGGGGGGCGGAGCCCUACAUGAGAACGCUGUGACUCUUGGGAAGAUGUUGGAGCUACGGAGACGUAUGGAGAGACUGGCGCUGCACAGGAGACCGAACGACAGGACCGGUGAUUCUCAUGACAUUCAGAAGACGAGGAGCGAGGAGACCUUAUCAGUGCCGAGUUUGUUGGACGAGGGCAGGAGCUACGCCGGCUACGACGAGGAAGGCUUCGCGCCCCUCUACGACGGCAGCUACACGCGCUACGACUACGACUGCGGGUUCAAUGACCGAUACACACUGCUGCCACCUAUCGGAACAAGGACGGACUCGGAUCAGUCUAUACAAGACUCUGUAGCUGAAGAACGACUGAAGUUAUCGGACGCGCUCGCUGGGUCUAUACUUGUUAAGGCGAGGGAGGGUCGAGAUGAUGAUGCGAUAUUAGAGGAAUGUGUGGACGGGGAGCAGUGUUUGAGGAGGGACUCCCCGCCGCUGGCCAACAACUUGGCGCCCGUACAGGCUGAAUACGGCGCGGUGUCAGUGGGUGCUCGUUGGCGACGUUCGUCCUCGUCGCUAGGCGCAAGGGCUGCGCCUCUCGCUGAUACAUUGUUCUGUUCCUCUACAUCUGAUCUGGAACAACUGCGACGGAACAGGAUCCUGCCGGCUCUAAGUCGUCACCGUAACCGCGAGCACCUGCACCUGAGCGACGAGGGGCUCGACCUGACGCGGCCGGAGCCCGAGCCGCAGCCGGAGCCCGACAAGAAGGCGCGGGUGAGGUGCGGCUUCUGUAGGAAGAGACUCAGCAUAGCCACCGUGCAUACAUGCCGCUGUGGGGCCUCCUUCUGCGCGCCACACCGCUACGCAGAGGUCCACGGCUGCGCGUACGACUACAAGGACGGCGCCCGCGACCUACUCCGCCGCGCCAACCCGCUCGUGGGCACGCCCAAGCUGCCCAAGAUAUAG